AUGGUUGCGAAUCGACUCAGGUUACGGUGCCCGACGGACAUUGAAGAAAUUUUCGAAUCAGGUCGUCAGACGAGCGAGGAUGACACUCUCCUUGCCGCCUCCCUUCCCGUAUUACCGCCGCCCCUUAAGAAGACCGGCUCUAUCUUCUCCAGCAUCGGGUGCCGCCAGCUGGUGUCCGGCAAAAAAGAGAGAAUUACCCAAUCCAAGACCCUCACCAUUGAUUCCCUUUUCGACAGCGUCACAGACGCUGAAUUGAGCAAGGUCGUCGCAAUGCGCAACAGACCUGCCAGAAUCGCUCCCGAUGGCCGCAGAAAACAGCAGGUGCGCCCUUCAUUGAUUCUGGCUGAAAGCUCAAUCGCCGCACACGUGUGUGCGCGGGCAAACAAAACGCUGAUCCAUGCUCCCCAGCGCCCAAAUACCCCAGGUCAUGAUUUUACGAGCCCCGAGGCGACCGUAGACUCGUCUGAGAGUUCUCCCUUUCCCGUGCGAAGUAUUGCUAACAGUUCGCCAAGGAAUGGUAUGGAAUUACUGGAUGAUGAAGACAGCAGUCGCCGCGGACGUCCUGGCAGUCGUGCUAGAAGCAAGAGUCCUUCGCGGUCGUCCGCGAAUGGAUCGCCGAUGGUUCUACUGACUGCGGAUAACCCGAACUACAUGUCUAGCGACCUUUCGCCGGACAUGCGGCAGAUUAGCCAUCCUUCAGCGUUCACAGUGAAUCGAGACAGCCAAACGGUGCAGUUCCAGACGCUUCGUCCGGGUGACAACAGCAAGACUCUUUUUCCGUCGUCGACUUCGUCGACGAAUCCAGCGGCAUUGCGGAAGCAGCGAACCCGGCGGCUGAAGUCGGAUAAGAAGCUAUUUGAAAGCAAGCGGACGAAGAUUUCGUUUACAGGUCCGGGGUUUGCGCCUUUACCGAACAGCAAGGGUUCGGAGUCAACAGCAACAGAGGAGACGGCGCCGCGUAUGUUUCGACGGGCGACGAUGGCGGACGUGACGGAUUCGAUGCGUUCAGAGAAGACUCGCGACUACUCAGUAUUGUUUGACGAACACCAUCUGACUGGUAUGUUUAAGAGCAAACGCGACGUGAAGCGCCGGUUACGACCUUCACGUACGUUGGUGCCAUCGGGUGGCGUGCGAGACGGGAACUUGCUGGCGGAAGCCUCGCCUGCGGUGCAGCGCGACUUCAUGACCUUUUACUGGGCGCGCAAAGCCGCAGAUGUCCCACAACUGCUCACGCUAUUGGACAGCCAACUGCCGUUGCCCGACAACCUAUCCCGACAUAUCCAUCCCUGGGUCGAGGCACCUGAGUCUGUGUGUGCACUCGCAGUCAACCAGAUCGCUAUCAUUGCCGCACAAAAUCCCCUCACUCCCGAAGAUACCGCCGUGAGCACGGUUCUUAAACUCAUCCCGUUGCUCAGCGCUCCUGAAACGGACAAGUCCGAAGCCGCACUUCUUGCACUUGGACUCAUCACUGCAGAGGUGCCUAGUCUCGCCCAGCUCUUAUUUGAACACGAUGCACUCCCUAUACUCAUCAACAUGAUGUUCAGAGAAAAGGAAGGAGUCAAAGCCACCGCCGCCCAACUCUGCAGGAAUGUCUACGUCCUAGACCUCACCCACCGCCGCGCCUUCCGAGACCUUGGCGGCAUCCGCGCCCUCCUCGCCCUCACCGACCACGGAUCCGUCGAUCUACAAAUAGAAGCCAUCUACCACAUCGGCGAUUUCAUCAUGCAAAAUGGCGAGGAACUCCCCGAAUUCGUCGACGCAGUCAAGGUCAUGUCGGCCGGCGCCAAGCUCGAGCUGCUGCUGGAAUAUCCGGACGAGUACUUGUACAGUGUCGUGAAGCAACUCUACUUGCGUCUUGCGGACUGA